AUGUCUCUCGAUCUCAGCGAGGCGGGUGUUAUGACGCCUUUUUGGCCGGGCACAAACCUCACCUCUCAGCAUGACGGACAAUGCUUCGGCAACGUAACCUUGUGUUUGAACAGCGAUGUUCUCUGCGAUCUGUCGACAUGCGAUCUCACUCUGGCGCACUUCACAUACCUCCCGAAUUUGGGUGCGAAUGCUUUCCUGGCCGCCCUAUUUGGUAUUUGCGCUUUGGUGCAGUUCGGUCUCGGUAUCCGCUACAAGACCUGGGGAUUUCUUGUUGCGGCUAUCUGCGGUUUGGCCCUGGAGAUCAUUGGAUACGCAGGCCGGGUUAUGAUCAACCAGAGCCCGUUCGACAAGAACAAUUUCUUGAUCUACCUUGUGUGUCUGACGAUCGCCCCGGCUUUCCUUUCCGCAUGCAUCUACCUUUGCCUGGCUCGCAUAAUCGUGGUAUAUGGUGAGAGUUUGAGUCGCUUUAAGCCUCGCUUCUACACCAUUGUCUUUUGUACUUGCGACUUCAUUUCUCUCCUUCUCCAGGCCAUUGGUGGUGCAAUUGCUUCUAUCGCCACUGACUACACCACGACUCAAUUGGGUAUUCAUAUCAUGAUUGGCGGUCUCUCCUUCCAGGUGUUCUCUCUCGUGCUUUUCAUCAUCCUAUGCAGUGACUUCGCAUAUCGUGUUUGGCGCAGCCCUUUCCACUGGGACACUAGCCGCAAGGAGGUUUUUGAAAGUAGAAUCUUCAUGUUCUUCCUCGGCGGUCUGUCCCUCGGUACUCUGACGAUAACAAUCCGAUCCUGUUUCCGAGUUGCUGAACUGUCAGGUGGCUUCCACGGAAACUUGGCCAACAACGAGGCCACCUUCAUGGUCCUUGAGGGUGCCAUGAUUGGAAUAGCGUCAAUCUGCUUGACAGCUCUCCAUCCUGGUGUCGCUUUCCGAGGAACGUGGGCUGAUUCUGACUUCAAUUUCUUCCACUCAAAGAAGAAGUCAUUUGAUGCAGAAGCUGAAACCGAAAACGAAUUGGAAACGAAGGCACCCUCGACAUCAGCAUCGGAGGCCAUUCAAAACUCUAUCGAUUUGGAGACCCCAGUACGAUAA